CGGCGAUCGUGUACGGAUUCGUUGUCCGCGGGCGGAGAUUUUUCAUUCAGACAGACCAGAUACGAAUUAUCCCUGUAAAAAGUUGCUGUACAACUUUAGCAGCAUUUGAGUUCUGUUCACCCGCAGAGCCCAACAUGAAGAAAUAUCUGGGAGUGCUGAUGAUGUUAAUGGUCUCAGGUGAUAACGAGGUGACUAUCCGAGGCACGUUGGAAGACAGUGUCCUUCUGCCAUGCACCUGCUCAGAUAGAAAUUUGGACAAGGAGUUUAAGUGGCAAAUGGACGAACCAAACCCAACUCGGGUAUUCGUACAAAACACGACCACUUCAGACUUCUAUGACAGAUACAAGGGCAGAGCCAAAAUAUUUGUGGCUGAGAACAGUAAUAACUGCUCUCUUCACCUAACAGACAUCACAGUAGAUGACCAGGGAAAAUACAAAUGUAGUUUUUCUAUUCAAGAACAAUACACCCGUUUUUUUAUAAAUCUCAUCAUCUCUGCAACCUACAGUGUUUGUCAGAGCUCUGCCAGGAAUCUGGAUGGUGAUGUAGGUGAAAAUGUUUUCCAUUGUGAUGUGAGGGGACGCUACAGAGAAGCUGAGAUUCAGUGGUAUUUGGAUGGAAAGCCUCUUACAAAUUCAUCCACAACCAACAUAACCCACACAUACCCCAUGCGUGGUCCUUUUGGUCGCUACCAUUUCAACAGCAAACUCAUCAGUGAACUAAGCUGGACCUCAAAGCCCAAAUGUGAUGUGAAGACCAAAGUCGUUUCACCUGUAAUUAGAUAUGACUGCGAGACUACUGGGCAACCAAGAAUCCAAGAUGUCCCCGCACCGAAAUAUUCCAUUAGAUACCUUAAAUUCAUCCCCGUGGUGUUGGUGCUUAUACUUUCCCUGGUCUUGUGGCGCCAUUGGAACACUCACAGUAACUGAGUGAAUAAAUAUUUGUCAUUAUGCCAGAGAUGGCUUUUCCAGAGUGAUUUUCCACACUGAAUCUGUGCCUAACUGGUUAAACCAGAGUUGCACAAUACUUAUUACAGUUGUUAAAUCAAGCUUCUACUGGUUUUGUGCUUCGUUAACAUUCAUCAUUAUUACUGGAUUAGUCGGUGGCAUCUGUUUUUCCAUAUCUUUUGUCCUUGAUAAAGGGGUUUACUGAAGAUAAGAGAAAGGAAGACUGAACAAUUUCUAGUACUAAAUACACAAGAUGAAUGCCGAUGUGAAAACUGCAAAAAACACUGUCCAUUGAACGGUGGUUGGUCAAGAAAGUGGCGUCAAGACCCCGGCGAGACUGUUAUACAGGCAGGUCACAUCCCGUGUACAUGCCACUCAUGGAAUGUGUUGUCUCAGACGAGGCUCAUUUGUGAACUGUUAUGGAUCUUCAUCUCAGACAGAUGUUUAUAUUCCCUCCUUCCAGUUGAGCAACUGUCAAGAAAGAGUGGCUUCUGUGAAGGUGAAAUGAUACAUUCAAAUGUAAUCAGUUACACCUCUGUUAUGAAUAAAGCACAAAAAAUAUGAAAAUCACCACACAACAAAAAUAAAUGGCAGAAUGUGUGCACUAUUGUAGAUUCUGUUGGUGAUCAACAAUGAAGCUAUUCAUAUUAAAAUUCAAUCAAAAUAACCACACAAUUUGCUAAAAAUGUUAUUGCUGACAUGGUUUAUGUCAAUGAGACAGUUUUUUGAAUGAACAAAAAAGUUAGAAAGAUAUUCAGAUAUACUCCCACAUAUUUAAUGUAUGGUGUGGCCACCUUGAGCAAAAUCACAAUCACUCUAAGAACCCUAAAAGAGUGAGACCCAUUUUUCAGUCUUUAAGUUUUAAAUGACCUUUAUUAUUACAGAAAUUCAGCACAAAACUGAGCCAUUUAAUGAUUUAUUGUACCUUUGUGAUUAGGCAUAUAUAUACUUAAAGUGCCAUUAUCUGCAUAUGAAAUUACUAAUACAGAGAUGUUUACUAAAGGCAUUUUAGUUCAUUUAAUUGUGCAACAGUUGUAAAAAAUGUGAGUACUAGAUCAAUAUGUAAUAAUUUUAUAUGCUGUUUUAUCAUUUUUUACCAUAAAUGUGUUAUUCAUACUGCACUAUGCUAUGCUAAACAUAAUGCAAAUAUUUAUGUCAGGUUUAUAAAAUGUAUAUGCCAAAAGGCCACUGUCUCCUGGGGUUUUUCUUGUAAAGGUCCUUGAACAAGCUUCUUCUUUUCUUAUAUGAGAGUGUCUUAAAAUGUAGCCUUUUCCUCUGUAUUUUGUGGUAAACUGGUUACACUGAAUGUUUUUUGCU